ACCUUAUUAAAGAAAUAUGUGAUGUCUAAAAUAUGGCAACUAGGUUGUUCAUUUCGCCGCGGUAUUUUGUUUGUCGCUUUGUAUUUAGUAUAGCUUGAAUUUAUUUUUAUUAACACUUGAAAUCUGUCCUAAAUAUGGAUGAAUUUAGUGAACUGUUAAUUUGUAAAGUACAGACUCAUCCCUACCUCUAUGAUGAUCAACAUAAGGAAUAUAAAAACCUGAACGCCAAGGAGCAAGCAUGGAAAAAAAUUGGAGAGGAAUUAAAAAUGUCGCGUAAGUAUGAGCUUUAAUCCGCAAUGUUACUGAGAAGCUUACGCGGGAAUUUUUCGGCAUCAUCUGCAAUUAAUGGUUACAAUGUUGAAGUUUAUUUAGUCUACGAAAAGUUAUUUAUGAAAUUUCUAUGAAAGUCAAGGCAAGAUGGAAGAAUUUACGUGACUCCUACGUAAAAUACAAAAAUCAACUGAAUAAAGUUAAGGACGCUGCCGAACAUGAAGCUGUGAAUAAUCGCUAUUUAAAAUGGACUGGUCGAUCAUAUUUAUCAUUCUUAGAUGAAACUUUAGCUCGACGUUCACUUUCUUCGACCCAUGUACAUUUAAAGCCCGAAAGCAGCGCCUCUUCGCCACCAACGAAACGUGCGACAAGUUAUGAUAAUGACGGGCAGAACAAUAAAAAAGCCAAAAUGGAUAAGGUGAAGAAGAAAAGUUCAAAUAAAAUUCGUUCAACUUUGAAUACUUUAACCAUCAAACGGCGUCAUGAAAAGCCAUACAAAAAAGAAGCUCAACCAAUUGAAGAAAGUGCUCCAUUAGUACUCAAUGCAAAGAUUGAAAGUUUAAAUAUAUCACCAGAAAACUGCCUUGAAAUUUCCACCACAAACGGCAUGGCAACGAAAGACGGCAUAGAUUCCGGCACUAAAUCAAAUGACACUGACUUAAUGUCACAUUAUUUGGAGGAUAAGCGAAAAUGUCAAGCACAAACUGGAAGCGGGGCAAGCGAUGCUGUUGACCAUUUAUUUAGCAGCUAUGCACAUACAUUCCGAACUCUAGCGUUGCGCCAACAGGUGAACAUAAAAAUUGAAAUGGCAAAACUUUUCGCCAUUGCAGAAAUGGAUAGUCUGCAGUAGGAAAUACAAAUAACACUUUGCUGUUGGCAAAUCAACAUAUUUCUUUAUUGUUUUGUAUGUAAAUGAAGUAUUACUGUUAAAAUAGUAAGUGUACACAUAAUAUGUAUUGGAUGUAAAAAUAUUUUUUUUAAUGACUGCACAGUUAUUUCUUCUUUCUUACACUUCUUUACACUCGAAUUCAUAAAAUUUAAAUAAUUUUCAUAAUAAAAAAGGGAAUUUUUAUUGUAAUAUAAUAUUGAUUUGAAUUUAUAUUGUCUGCUAAAAAAUUUGUAGUUUUGGUGAAUUUUCUUUUUAUAUACUAAACAGGGUAUAUUAAGUUUACCAUGAAGUUUGUUAUGCACAGAAGGAUAGAUCAUAGACCCUGUAAAAAGAUAUAUGUAUAUAAAUUAUCAGUAUAACGAGCUGAGUCGAUUUAGCCAUGUCGGUCCGUCCGUCUGUCUGUCUGUAUAUAUGCGAACUAGUCCCUCAGUUUUUGAGAUCGAUCUGAAAUUUUGCACACAUGCUUUUCUCAAGGAGCUGCUCCUUUGCCGGAAAUCCAGUUGUUAUGGGAUAUAUUUUGUAUUUGUGAAUGGUAUUAAAGCUUCGGCAGCUUUUUGUUUGCAGAUUAGGUCUAUAACUUCAAUCAUCAAUUAAAAUAAUUGGUUGAUUCGUAAUUUCUUCAAAGAACAUUUUUAUUACUGAUAAAAAGAACAUUUACAUUUUUGAUUAACAUUCAGUAAAAUACACAUUCGUAAAAUGAAACGAUCAAAUAUAGUCAGGAAAUAAUUAAAAGACUGAAUUUAAAGCGCACUUAUAAACGAAAAUAGAAAAUCUUAAUAAACUUGGUUUCAAAAAUUCUUUGAAUACAUUAAAUUAAACGUGAGAAAUAUUACUAAUCUAAGCAGUAAUUUAACAAUGUUGCGUUUUAUAUUUAUAUAUAUAACAUUUUAGAAAUGCAUUAGUGAGUAUGCUCAGAGUGAGACACAAAUAUACCAAAAUGAAACUCAAAGAUUUCAAUGUAAUUAGUU